UACCAGGAACCGGCCAUGGCCCAUCAAACUGGCGUUGAGCUGGAGCGCGAGUACGUGUGGAACGACCUGCACCGGAGCUGCGUGGACGCGCUGCACGCGUCGAUCGUGUACCUCAAGUACGCCGCAUACUUUGCCCAGGAGAAUAUCAACCUGCCCGGCUUCGAGAAGUUCUUCUUCCACGCCGCCGGCGAAGAGCGCGAGCACGGCAUCAAGCUGAUCGAGUACGCCCUGAUGCGCAGAAAGGAACUGGUCAACAAGAACACCUUCCAGCUGGACAAGGUCCCGGCCGCCACCACCGGAUUGUCUGCUCUGGAGGAUGCCCUGAAGAAGGAGCAGGAAGUCACGCUCAGCAUUCGUAACCUGAUCAAGACCUGCGAGGGAGACAAGAACGACUACCACCUGGUCGACUACCUGACCGGAGAGUACCUGGACGAGCAGCACAAGGGACAGCGCGAACUGGCCGAAAAGAUCGCCACCCUGCGAAAGAUGACCGGCAUCGAUGACGCCCCGAAGGAGGGCAGGAAGCUGGCCGAGUUCCUGUUCGACAAGGACCACAUGUAAAGUCAAAACUCUCAA